AUGGAUAGUUCUCAACCGGCAUUCAAUGCUGCGCCACCUCCUUCGUAUUUGAAUCAGCAGUUGCCUCAGCCUCAACCUUGUGUCACGAUGAGUACUCAACCCGGACCAGGUUUCCAUCCACAACCUGUAGCUCAGGCUCAGUAUGCUUUAGCACCGGUUCACUUAGGUGAAAGUCCAGUUCGUAUGGUGUGUCCAAAUUGCCGCAAUGAAAUACUGACGAAUGUGUCGACUGAGCACUCGACGAGGCAGCACAUAAUAGCUGCGGUCAUGUGUUUGUGUGGACUCUGCUGUUGCUCAUGUCUGCCGUACUGCUGCGAUAGUUGCAGUCUGUACAAACAUUCGUGUCCGAGCUGUCGCAUGCAUAUUGGAUCGUACUGCCCGCCCUUAUAG